AUGGAGGCAAGCACCGCGCGCAUCCACCCGACGUCAUUGCGGCAACUCCUCCGCGAGCAGCCCGACCGCUUCCGUCAGCCGGAGGACGCCCAGCGGCUGUGCGCUCUGCUCCCCCGCGUCAAAGGCGGGACCAUGUAUGCCUACAGCGCUCUGAUACGAGAGCUGGUCCAGCUCAACUUCCUGCGCGAGGGCGUACAGUUCCUCAUCCGUAUGGACGCGGAGGGCGUCAAGAUGACCCCGCAGGUCUUCAACAUCGUGCUCCACGCCUACGCCAAGCAGGGCUCCAUCGAUAGCAUGAACGAUCUGGUGGACAUCAUGAAGGCGUGCGACGCGACGCCAGACCUCUACACCUACUCGACGCUGCUCAACGCCUACGCGAGGCAGGGCGACGCGGACAGCUGUCAGCGGGUGAUACAGGAGAUGCUCCAGCGCAAGAUCAAGAUGGAUGAGCACAUCAUGGGCAAUCUCAUCGAGUGCUUCUUCAAGGUGAACAAGCAAGAGAACGCCUUGCAGGUGGUCGAGGUGUUGUCCUCGCUCGGGAUCGUGCCCUCGAUCGCCACCCACAACGUCAUCAUCAACCAGUUCGUCAAGCACGGCCAGUUCGACCAGGCCUUUGCCUACUAUGCGGGCCUGCAUGCCCGGCACGGGGUCAAGCCCGACGAGCUGACCUACACGCCGCUCAUGCAGGCCAGCAUCAAGCGGGGCCGGCCCGACGAGGCCAUCGAGCUCUUCGACGCGCUCAAGCGCAGCGGGCUCCAGCCCAACGUCCAGCACUACAGUCUGCUCGUCCAGGCCCGCGCCGAGAAGAACGAGUUCGAGCGGGCCGUGGCGCAGCUAGACGAGAUGGCGGCCGGCGGGGUGGAGGUCGACGACCGGCUCUACUUUGACUACGCCAAGGCGCUCCUCGACCGCGGCCGCGUGCGCGAGAUGGCCGACGUGUGCGCGCGGAUGGAGCGCGUGGGCCAGCGGCUCGACCGCGAGACGGGCCUCCGCAUCGUGCGCUUCCUCGACCGGGUCGGGACUGAGACCGCGACCGUGCGCGACCACGUCGAGUCACUGCUCGCCCUGGUGCGUGUCCUCCACAAGCACCGGUUCGGCUACCGCCCCACCACCUUCCUCGAGCCCUACCUCGAUGAGUGCAAGAAGGAGGAGAAGCCGGAGGAGGCGGUGCAGUUCAUGCAGCGGGUGCUCAAGGCACGAGAGGAAAGCGGGGGAGAGGGAGAAGGAAAAGGAGGAGAACAAGGGGUGCCGCCAGCCACCGCCGGCACCCCCAGCUUCCGGCUGCACCCGACCUACUUCUUCGCCUUCACGUCGCAGUGUCGGAUACGACGGUUCGGCCGCACGCGGAAGCUCCUCGAACAGCUCCGCGACGCGGGGCUCUUCAAGUCUUCCACUGCUGCGAAGAAGCCACGCCAGCCGCAGCUCGACUGA